UGCAUGGACUGGAGAGCUUGCUUGGAUGCUUCCUUCGAAGCCAGCUUGUCAUGGACUGGCACUCUCUCUCUUUAUCUUCUCAUCAUCAUCAUCAUCAAUACAUCCUCAUAGGCGCCGUCUCUCUCUCUCUCUCUCUCUCUCCAUAGCCCGUCCUUUGAGUCUCCUGCUAUUCUUUUUAUUUCACGAUGAUCUGGGUUCGUAUACAUGUUUCAAAUCUACAGUAGUUCCCUUUUCAGCUUCCGCUUUUCCACGUUUCAAGCCCUAUAUAUUUGGACCCUUUCCCCUCCCCUCCCAACCCCGCCAAAAGCCUUCCCUCGUUCCUCUCUUCUUUCCCAUUACCUUUCCUAUUAUUAUUAAUUCUUCCUCUGUGAUUCCAGUAAAUUAAAGCAAUGCUGCUUCGAGUUCUAAUCUGGGUUAUACUUUAAUGACUUAAAUCUGUAUUUCUGUACCUGGGAGGCAACCUAAGCCCAAAUUUAUUGUAAAAAUUUGAAGCAAAUCUUGUUUUCACGAAUUAAUCUGCAAAAUACGUAAGAAACCAUGGAGGAAAACUUUGUUCCGUUUGGCGGAAUAAAGGAGGAUGUUCGUGGGAGGCUAAUGUGUUACAAACAAGACUGGUCAGGUGGUUUUAGGGCCGGUUUCAGGAUUUUGGCCCCAACCACAUACAUAUUCUUCGCUUCAGCGAUUCCGGUGAUAUCAUUUGGUGAACAACUGGAGAGAAAUACUGAUGGGUUGCUCACAGCGGUCCAAACGUUGGCUUCUACUGCACUAUGUGGAAUUAUACACUCAAUCAUUGGGGGUCAGCCAUUGCUGAUUCUUGGUGUUGCAGAGCCUACUGUGCUGAUGUACACAUUCAUGUAUAAUUUUGCCAAAGAUAGACCAGAUCUGGGACCCAAGCUCUUUCUAGCCUGGACUGGAUGGGUGUGUGUUUGGACUGCAAUUUUGUUGUUCCUUAUGGCAAUCCUAGGAGCUUGCUCCAUCAUCAAUAGGUUUACUCGUCUUGCCGGGGAGUUGUUUGGCCUGCUCAUUGCAAUGCUCUUCAUGCAAGAAGCCAUCAAAGGACUUGUCGAAGAGUUUCGUAAACCUGACAGAGCAAAUCCCAGGUUAACAGAGUUUCAACCUUCAUGGAGGUUUGCUAAUGGGAUGUUUGCACUAGUACUGUCGUUUGGCCUUCUUCUCACUGCACUAAAAAGCCGCAAGGCAAGAUCUUGGCGAUAUGGAUGUGGAUGGAUUCGAGGCUUCAUAGCAGAUUAUGGCGUGCCAUUGAUGGUUAUCGUGUGGACUGCUCUUUCUUACAUACCAUCUGGAGACAUUCCCAAAGGAAUACCAAGGCGCCUUUUCAGCCCGAAUCCAUGGUCACCAGGCGCAUAUCAGAACUGGACAGUCAUAAAGGAUAUGCUAAAUGUGCCUGUUCUCUACAUAAUUGGAGCUUUUAUUCCUGCAACAAUGAUAGCGGUGCUAUAUUACUUUGAUCACAGCGUGGCGUCUCAACUUGCUCAGCAGAAAGAGUUCAAUUUGCGAAAGCCCCCUUCAUUCCACUAUGAUCUACUUCUUCUAGGAUUUAUGGUCAUGCUGUGUGGUCUUAUUGGGAUUCCUCCAGCAAAUGGUGUCAUCCCACAAUCUCCAAUGCAUACUAAAAGUUUGGCAACACUUAAGCACCAGCUGCUUAGAAAUAGGCUUGUAGCAGCAGCUCGCAAAUGUAUGGGUAAGAACGCUAGCUUGGCACAAGUUUAUGGGAGCAUGCAAGAAGCAUAUCAACAGAUGCAGACUCCGCUGAUCUACCAGGAACCUUCAGCUCAAGGACUAAAGGAAUUAAAGGACUCAACAAUUCAGUUGGCUUCAACCAUAGGGAACAUAGAUGCCCCGAUUGAUGAGACGAUUUUUGAUGUUGAGGAGGAGAUUGAUGAUUUGUUACCAGUUGAGGUGAAAGAACAACGGCUUAGCAACUUGCUCCAAUCUGUGAUGGUGGGAGGAUGUGUUGCUGCCAUGCCUUUCCUUAGGAAGAUACCCACCUCAGUACUCUGGGGAUAUUUUGCAUACAUGGCCAUUGAAAGCUUACCGGGAAACCAGUUCUGGGAGCGGAUCUUACUGCUCUUUACAGCUCCAAGCAGGAGAUACAAAGUUCUGGAGGAGUAUCAUGCUACCUUUGUGGAAUCCGUACCCUUCAAGACGAUUGUGACCUUUACAAUUUUCCAGACUGUAUACUUGCUUAUCUGUUUUGGAAUUACAUGGAUCCCGAUUGCUGGGGUUCUGUUCCCCCUGAUGAUCAUGUUCCUGGUGCCUGUAAGGCAAUAUCUUCUGCCCAAGUUUUUCAAAGGGCCUCACCUUCAAGAUUUAGAUGCAGCAGAGUAUGAAGAGGCACCGGCUUUAUCAUUCAACCUCGAUGGGGACAUCUGUUCCAUGGCCUCAUUUGCCGACGGUGGGGAAAUUUUAGACGGCAUUAUAACUAGAAGCCGGGGUGAGAUUAGACACGUCUGCAGUCCAAAGGUAACAAGCUCCAGUCCAACACCAGCCAAAGAUUUUGCAAGUAACAGUCCGCGGCUGUCAGAUAAGGUCUACAGCCCUCGGAUAAGUGAAAUCAAAGGGGAUCACAGCCCUCGUCGUGGUGGCAGAGGACCCUUUAGUCCAAGAACUCUUGAAACAAGACCGUCUAAUCUAGGGAAAUCUGGUCAAAAUUUAGAGUAGUAGCAUACGCAUACGAGUCCAUAAGUUUUAUUGCACUGUUGUCUUAAGGAAAUAGUACUGUUGCCCAUAAGAUUAAGAUGUUAAUAGGGUGAAUUGGCAUAUAUUUCUUGCUUGUUUCCUGGUUCUGGGUUGUAAUUGUUUGCAUACUAACAACAGAUAUAGCAGAACAAGUGCGUAAAAAGAGUCCUUUCCAUGGUCGCCUUCCACGAAUGGCUUGAUUGUAGCUUGAGAUCAUAUGAUCUCUGUGCACUAACCAUAAUUACAAGAUACUAAUCGUCGUAACAACUUAAGAAUAUGAUCGACUGCCGAAGGUC